AGUCUACUAAAACUCUCUGUAUAAAACGGACGCUUGGUCGGUCGUUCUCGGGCUCGUGGAAAAGUGAGCAAAAUAAAUUUAUUGUGAUUCAUGCUUGCGUGUGCGUGAGUGAGAAAAGAGGGAGCGAGCGAGCGAAUCAUGGCGAGUGUUUUAAUAACGAAAAUUCAAUUACUACACUUUCUAUAAUUCAAUUUUUGUGUUCCAAAACGUAAUGCGGCCAAAGUGUUUGCGCGCAGUGUGAAUGCUUUAUCCCUUAAUUUUCUACCGCAGCCCGCCCCAUCAACAAAAUAAUGAAAAAUUCUCUUCUAAAUUGACGUCAAUUUGUCAAUAGUAUUUGUAAAUAAUAAUUCUUCAAAUAUAACAGUCUAUAUGUAAAAAUAAAAAAGCUGUUGGUCGACAUCAACAUUUUGGUCACGUUUCAAUUUGCAGCCGUAAUUUUUGUACAGUAAAUUAAAUUUGUAAGAAGGCGACAAUUCCAAUGAAUAUUGAAGCCUAGGCAACAAUAACAACAGCAACAACAACAGUAAACGCCAAGGAGGAAAAGAAGACGAAGAAGAAAGAGACCAACAACAACAACCAAAUCUAAUCAAAUCCAAUUAGAAGCGAAUUGAAAAAAUCAACAAAUAAAACAAGAAGAAGAAAAAGAAGCAGAACCGCCGAAGAAGAGCAAACGGCAAUAAAAUAAACCACACGAGCGUAACAAACGAAAGAAAGAUAGAUAGAUGCAGAGAGUGAGUGAGUGAGAGAGAGAGAGACAGACAGAGCACCAGAGGAUCCGUUGAAUUAAUUCGCAUGCGCCAAUGAAAACGUCGCAUCUUUCGCACGCGUCCGAUUUCGUCAUCGACUACGCCGUCGUUGCCGCCGGUACCGGUUCCGCUACAGCAACAGCAACUUCGGUUUCCGGUUCCGGAUUCCACCAGCAGCAGCAGGAUCAUCAUCAUCAUCAUCAGCCAACAGCAGCAGCAGCACACUUGUAUCAGCCGGGCCGCCGUCAGAGCGAUGUGGACAUAAAGCCAACCGUCGAACAACAAAUCAGAAGCAUCCGAGGAGGUAUCAGUUGUGAUCUGUUGAAGCCCAUCGUCUACCAUCUCGACGCGGACACUCAGCAUCAACAGCAGCAGCAGCGCCAGCGUAGUGUCAUCAUCAAGCAGCAUCACUCGCAGGAUCACCAGCAACAACAACAACAUCAACGUCAUCAUCAACAACAGCAGCAGCGAACGUUGUCCAAGUCUGGAGCAGCGGCCAACAGCAAGCGAAAGCGCGAAACAGAUUGCGAUUGCGGCUGCGUGGACACGUACAACGGCAGCAGCGGAGGCGGCGGCAGCAGCAGCGUUGAGGUGCGGCACGGCCAGGCGCAGGAAGUGGCAGCCAUCCAAAACGUAGUGAACAGCAGCAGCCUCAAGACGGCGCACGCAAAGGUCGCCACAUCGGGGGGGCAUGCAAAUACGCAACCCCCCAGCAAACGGUCCAGCAGCGGCGCCGAUGGUGACUAUCAAUUGGUCCAGCACGAGGUGCUCUAUUCCCUCUCAGCUGAAUAUGAGGUUCUGGAGUUUUUGGGUCGCGGCACCUUUGGCCAGGUGGUCAAGUGUUGGAAGCGCGGCACCUCCGAAAUUGUUGCCAUUAAGAUACUGAAGAAUCAUCCAUCGUAUGCGCGACAGGGUCAGAUCGAGGUGUCCAUAUUGUCGCGUCUGAGUCAGGAGAAUGCGGACGAGUUUAAUUUUGUGCGUGCAUUCGAAUGCUUUCAGCACAAGAAUCACACCUGCCUCGUCUUUGAGAUGCUCGAACAGAAUCUCUAUGAUUUUCUCAAGCAGAACAAAUUCUCACCGCUGCCUCUAAAAUAUAUACGUCCCAUUCUGGAGCAGGUGCUGACUGCCCUGUUGAAGCUGAAACAACUGGGCCUGAUUCACGCCGAUUUGAAGCCGGAGAACAUAAUGCUGGUCGAUCCGGUGCGUCAGCCGUAUCGCGUUAAGGUCAUCGAUUUUGGCAGCGCCUCUCAUGUGAGCAAAACCGUCUGCAAUACGUAUCUGCAAUCGCGCUAUUAUCGCGCACCCGAAAUCAUCUUGGGUCUGCCCUUCUGUGAGGCCAUCGAUAUGUGGUCGCUGGGCUGUGUGGUCGCCGAACUCUUUCUCGGCUGGCCACUGUAUCCGGGCAGCUCGGAGUUCGAUCAGAUACGGUAUAUAUCGCAAACACAGGGUCUGCCCACGGAGCAUAUGUUGAAUAGCGCCUCGAAGACGUCCAAGUUCUUUUAUCGUGAUGUGGACUCCACGUAUCCGUUCUGGCGUCUGAAGACCACAGAGGAGCACGAGGCGGAGACGAACACAAAGAGCAAGGAGGCACGCAAAUAUAUAUUCAAUUGUCUGGAUGAUAUUGGGCAGGUGAAUGUGCCAACGGAUCUGGAGGGUGGUCAACUGCUGGCCGAGAAGACGGAUCGACGGGAAUUCAUUGAUCUGCUCAAGCGUAUGCUAACCAUUGAUCAGGAGCGACGCUUAACCCCAACGGAGGCACUGAAUCACAGCUUCACGAGGCUCACCCAUCUGGUUGAUUAUGUGUAUUGCAACAAUGUGAAGGCCUCUGUCCAAAUGAUGGAGGUGUGUCGUCGCGGCGACUUCCACACUGUACAACCAGCACCGACGCUGGUCACUAACUUUGUGCCGAGCAGCACCGAGAACAUGACCUUCACCAUCAACAAUCAGCUGACCAGUCAGGUGCAGCGUUUGGUGCGCGAUGGCCGCCCCCUGGCCUAUGAGGGCCUCUACCAGAUCUAUGGUGGUCGCAAUGUGGCCCGGCAAUAUCCGCAGGCGCGCACCGAUACGUUCCAGCACCAGCUGGUGUCGAACAUACUCUGUCCGCCAUCGUAUCAGGCGAUGCCCAGUCCCACCAAGCAUGUUGUUGUGGGCAGUGCCACAAUGCAGCCGCCGCUGCAGGUGCCGCCACAGCAGUAUGUUAAUGUGCCUGUGCCCGUCUCGAUGGUGGAGCCCAGUUCGGGUCAGCGCAUGUUGCUCACCAAUCGUGUGCAGGCCAGUGGCGUUGCCUGGCCCCAAACCGGACGACAAAUGGCUCUGGUGCCAUCGUGGCCACAACAGGCGCCGGCGCAUUCGCUAAUUGUUGACUCAACGCCGCUGUUCAAUGUGGAGGAGAUCUAUCCCAAGCAUCAUCUCAACUUGCCGCGCAACGAUCUCAAGAAGGAGUCGCCGGCUCAUCAUUUAGCCAAGGGCAACUCUUAUCGUGUGCCGCGUCACGAGAAGAAGGAACACCAGCAGUUGUCGCCGGUUAAGAAGCGCGUCAAGGAGAGUUCGCCGCCGCAUCAGCAGCGCUAUCAGCGUGCCGCUCAUGUCUCGCCACAGUAUCAUGCCCAUCACAAUUGCAACUAUGGCGGUGGCUAUGGCGCCGUCAAUGCUGGUCCCGUUGUGGCCAGUUCGGCCUCAUCCGCAUCCAACAAUAUUAUCAAUGCGAGUAGCAGCAGCUCAUCGAGUUCGCAUCAUAAUCAUGCGCCCGUGGCACAUGCCCCGCACGGUGGCAGCAGCAGCAGCAGCAGUGGCGGUCCCUACAACAUUGUUGGCCAUCACAUUGUGGUCAACAAUUGUAGCGGUGGUGGCGCCGCAGUGGGUUAUCAUGCCAACAGCCAGCCGCCGUUGCAUGCACACCAGCAGCCGCAUGUGAAGCAGCCGACGAUCACCAUCCAUGACACGCCCUCGCCGACGGCAGUUGUGGGUGAUGUCAUUACCAUAUCGGACAGUGAGGACGAAGGCGCCGAUGGACCACCGGCAACAGCAGUAGCAGCAAAUGCUGUGGCGCCGAUCAAGCAGCGAGCCCAUGCUCAUGCCCAGUCGCAGACGAGCAGCAGCCUGAUGCAACAGCAUCAACAUCAACAGCAGCAGCAGCAGCAGCAGCAGCAACAACACUCGAGCAGCAAUUCAUCCAGUUCGUUACAUUGUCGCAGCAGUGCACAACCGUUGCAUGUGUCGCACACUCAGCAACAGCAGCAGCAGCAGCAACAGCAGCAGGCGCAGCAGCAACAGCAACAGCAUUGCUUUCAGCCAAGCAACAACAACAACAAUCACAGUCAUCACAACACCAAUUCCAAUUCUGCUUCCACUUCCAACCAACAACAACAACAACCACAUCACCAUAACCAUCAUAGUCUUCAGCUUAACAACGCCCCCCAUUCCAUAUCCAGCACAACAAGCACACAAUUUAGCACACCCAUCUCCCUCUCAUCCUCAUCCGCCUGUCUCACUCAGCCACCUGUCUCUCUGCCCGUUCCCGUCCCCGUCUCUGCCCCAGCGCCACUGCCCCUGCCCUUGCCCUUACCGCUGCCCUUGCCACCCCCGUCCACAACUCAGUCGCAUCUCAGUCGUCAUAAGCCAACGCAACAACACGUCCAUCUAGUAAUUCCAUGCGUUACCGUAGGUGAUCACGAUCCGGAGGAUGCACGACGACGCCAUCAUGCCGCCGCCGCGGCCGCCCUCUCUGUUGUGUCCAGCGGUGGAAGUCCCAAGCAUCAUCAUCAUCAACAGCAGCAGCAACAACAGCAGCAGCAGCAGCAGCAGCAGCAGCAGCAGCAACAACAACAACAACAACAACAACAACAACAACAACCGCAGCCAAAUAUUAAAUAUGAACCGGGUCAAUCGCAAAAGAAGCGCAUUUUGGCCAUGGCCCAAAGCGAGUGCAACUAUCAGCCGCAGCCACAGCAGGUGCAGAUACAAGUACAGCAACAGCAGCAGCCACCGCCACCGCCCGUCGUCAGUUUGCCGCAUAUACCCACUAAGCAGGAACCACCCGAGUUCUAUCCGGAAUACGCACAGCAGCCGCCGCCGCCGCAACAACAACAGCAACAACAGUUACAAUUGGAAACGAAGCGCAGCUCGUGGGCAGCCAGUUCGGGCAGUGUUUCGGCAAUGCCACUAGCACAUCCCAAGCGGGAGGCACCCUCUGUGGCGCCCGUUAGCUAUGUGGCACCGGCUGUGGCGCCACCACUCGCCCACUCGAAGAGCGGCUCGAGCUCCGCGUCGUCAUCGAUUAGUGCUGCGGCCGCUGCAGCGGCAGCUGCUGCUGCUGCCGCCAGCGUGGGUCCACCAUCGUGGGGUGCACCGCAAGUGUAUCGCCAGCCAUCGCAGCCGCCACCGGCAACGAUUGCGGCUGUGGCACCAUCAGCGGUUGCACCGCCGCCGCAUCAUCAUCACAGCAGCCACAGCCACAGUCAUCAUCAUCAUCAUCAGGCGGGCACGCCGCUGGGCGGCUCACCCUCAUCGACAGCGGCUGCGGCCAUGCUGCAAACGGAUAUCUACGCCCAGGGCGACAUGUAUCGCCGUCCCACGGUCUAUGUGUCCCAGGCGGCGCCGACGUAUGCCUAUGCGAACCGAGCGGUGGUUGCACCGCCGCCAGCACACAACAGCUCCAGUCGCCAGGUGAUACCAUCGCAUCCGCUGCCGGCACACAUACAGAUACCGACGCAGUAUAGCCAAUUUGGACCGUUGAGUCCCGCCCAGGUAGCUGCCAGCAAGCAUGCGGCGCACUUUGCGCCCGCCAACAUAUGGUAUGGUGCUGAGUAGCUUGCAGAGGGUUGAACGAGGGUUGACGA